CAGAGUUCCUAGUCACGUGAUACACGUACGUCGUCGUCUGCUCUACUGGAUUUAGCAGACGCGUUCUUGCUUCUUGCUCCACUACUUAUUAGUUACGCAACUUUCCACGCAGUUUUGAAGCAUAACAGCCCUCAGAACACUGUAUGAAUCCUAAUUAUCCUUCAAAGUGUACGAAAGCAGCAAAACUGUGCCAUAUGGGAAGCCUUGAAGUCAAGAGUCUUUGCGAGCUUGGGAUGAGCCAUGAGACGGAUGACACUUCUCUCGACUGGGGUGCUGCAAAACCAGCAAAAAAGGUCUUUUGUGAUCCUAUCCACAAGCACAUUACACUGCAUCCGGUAUCUGUAGCCAUAAUUGAUACACCAGAGUUUCAGCGUCUUCGUGACAUCAAGCAGCUUGCACUAGUGCAAUACAUUUACCCAGGAGCUACACACACCCGCUUUGAGCACUGCCUUGGGACGGCACACCUCGCAAAACUGUUCAUAAAGAAGCUCAAAGAACAGCAGCCCGAGCUCAACGUCACAGAAAAACAGGUGCUGUGCCUAGAAAUUGCCGGACUCUGCCACGACCUCGGUCAUGGCCCUUUCUCCCACCUCUGGGAAGAUAUCUACGAGGCUGGUGCUAGAGCCAGAGGUGUUCAAACACACUGGAAGCAUGAAAGAACGUCCAGUGAUCUACUGGAGCACCUCAUUAGAAAAAACAACUUAAUGCCCGUUUUUGAGAGGUGGGAAGCUGAAGGCGGUAUGGGACUCACCGCGGAUGAUAUCAGAUUUGUCCACAAACUGAUCGUUGGAGAUGAAGACUCAAAUGGAAGCUAUCACUUUAUGUUCCAAAUAAUUAACAACGGUGACUCUGGCCUUGACGUUGACAAAUGGGAUUACUAUCUGAGGGACAGCCACGCGGUAGGAGUCCCGUGCCAUUUCGAUUUUCUACGGCUCGUCAAUAAUGCUCGGGUGAUAGAACACGAAGGAAAGCUGCACAUCUGCUUUCGAGACAAGGAAGUGCAGAAUGUGUACGAAAUGUUUCGGACCAGAUGCAUGUUGCACCGGCUCGUGUAUCAGCACCGUAUGGAGAAGAUCAUUGAGCAGAUGGUAUGUGACGCAGUGCUCAUGGCCGACGAAAAAAUCACCGGCAUAGAUGGGAGGCCCGUGUCAUUCUGGCAGACGACACACAACAUUGCAACUGACCCUUCAGAUGAAAACCUGGCGGCGUACUGCUUGCUUACUGACAGCGUAGUGCGGUGCCACAUAAAAUUCAACGCAAGCAGUCACCCCGACGUUGUCAAAGCAAGAGAGCUUUGGAAGGCCUUCGAAACCAGGUCGCAACGACCCGACUGCCUCUACACCCUUGUCGGGAGAAUUCCUUGUGCCAAAAACAGCCACCUCACAAGGGAGAGCCUUGUGAAGGAACUGAUAAGUGAGAUUGGUGGAAACGAAGUAGAAGAGUGCGACAUCAUAGCACGGUCAGUCAGCAUCCACUGGGGCCGCCAGGGAGAAAACCCUGUGGAGAAGGUGCUCUUCUUCAAAAAGAACUCCAACACCGCCUUGUCUUCUGCAAUGUGGAGCAACUUUUACAAGCACGUGCUUCCAAAGGAGUUUGAAGACAGCUACUGGAACGUUAUCCUCCGAAAGUCCGACCCUACCUGCAUCAGGCUGCUCCGCGGUGCUGUGUCCACCCUUUUCAAACAAGCACCACAUUAGCUCAUCAAGUUUUGGGCUUUCGGACAAGGUUAUUAUUAUGUUAAGUUAUUAGUUAGUUAUUAAGUUAUUAUUAUUAUUAUUAUUAUUAUUGCACAAACAGUGCUAGUUUUAGCGUCUGACACGCGACCUUCUAGAAAACGUUUCUUUCAGGUGAAGCACGAGAAAGUGCGCAUCAACGGUUUAGUCUCAUAAGGCGUGUAUGUUUUAAAACCGCUCACACUGACAGGUUUAUGACAGGCCGUGUAUCUUUGCAAUGGUACGGUCAUCACUACAUCUCUAGAGAUGGAACAACAAGGUGUUUUGGGAAAACUUGUACUCAUUCCUGCGUAAAUGCCCUGAUCAACGGGAUGGUAAUCCUCUCAAAAGAGGUGCAGAGACAGUGGUCGGACGUAAUGUCCUAUUUCGCUUGGAUUACCCAUCUCACAACAAUUGUCCUCCAUCUGCAGUUCAUUUCCGAGCGAAAAUAUCGCAAGCACUCGUGCUGCUUCAUCCGCAGGUCAAGGCAAAAAGGUGUUCCACAACAAACAGUGCAUAGGGAAAUGGGGGAUGCAAAGAUAAAGCAACCAAAGAGUCUAGUGCAGAGGUACUUCCAGAGGUACUUCCAGAGGCACUCGUGGAGAAUAACCAAGAGCUCUCUGUGUUACAGAUGGAAAUGUGCAAUACGGUUUUACUAACUGAGCUUUACUACACUGGACACGGAACACGGCAAUCGUGAAACCUAACAACAGGGAGUAACACAAUAUGCUGGCAUAGUGCAAUUUUCGGUGGAAUGGAAAAUUACUCAAACAUAAGCUUUGGUGUAACUAGGUUCGUUGGCAGUAAUACUGGGUUUGGAAAAGCAUGACAGGUUCAUGUAGAACAUUUAAUUUAGCUCGAUAAACCACGCAAAAAAUGAGUACUCCCUAAUUGGGAAACACAAACAACACGUAAAAGCAACAAAAUGCCCUUUUGUCACUAUUUUUCUUUUUUAGUACAAGAUAAAAUUCAUACAUCUAUAACCUGUAUGUAUAAGCUGUGACAGAGAAUUGCAUAGUGUCAGUGCUCCACAUGCAAUACAAGAGAGUACAAAAAUGCCCUAUUAGAGCACGAAUGUCUGCCAUAGUUCAGUAUCUCACAAGUAGAAUAUGAGUAGGUUGCAUUAAUUUAUUCCUCAUUUUAUGGCACGUCUGCUUAAUGCCAGCGGCUUCCUGUUUUGGUCUGUACGUGCAAUAAGCUGAAAUAAAAUUUUAUGUUUGCCUCGACAACA